AUGGCACAGUAUCAGCUCCCAUUCAAGCUAGCGGAUCCCAGUCUGCUAAAAUUCGAUUCCAUCAUCGGUGACAAAUGGGUCGGCGCAAAGAGCGGAAAGCGAUUUGAAGUCCUCGAUCCUGGUACCGACAAAGCAUGGGCCAGCUGCCCUGCCAACGCCGCAGAAGAUGUCUCCGCCGCCGUUGAAAACGCCCACGCAGCCUUCGAGAAAUUCCGCAAAGUGAAUCCCCGUCAACGCGCAAAGUGGUUACUAGAAUGGCACAAUCUGACAGUCGCAGCCCGCGAUGACCUCGCCCAGAUCGUAACUCACGAGACUGGAAAACCACUGGCAGAGGCAUACGGCGAGAUCGACUACUCCCUGGGCUUCCUUUGGUGGUUCGCUGGUGAAGCAGAGCGUAUCCAGGGAAGUGUAUCAACGGCCGCGGCACCGAACCGCCGCGUCUUCACCAUUAAGCAGCCGAUCGGUGUAGCAGCCGCUCUUGUCCCAUGGAACUUCCCUAUUGCCAUGGUUCUUCGGAAGGUCGGUGCUGCGAUGGCGGCUGGAUGCACGAUGGUCGUCAAGCCCAGUCCCGAGACGCCGAUUUCGGCACUCGUCCUAGCGGAGCUGGCGCAUCGUGCUGGUAUCCCGGCCGGGGUGUUGAAUGUGCUGACUACAGAUUUGGAGAAUACACCGCCGCUGAGCGAGGCGUUGUGUAAGCACCCGCUUGUUAAGAAGGUGACUUUCACGGGCUCGACGCGCGUCGGCAAGUUGGUGGCUGAGCACUGUGCGCAUGGACUGAAGAAAUUGACCCUCGAGCUCGGUGGAAAUUGUCCUUUCCUUGUGUUCGAUGAUGCCAAUCUCGAUCAGGCGAUCGACCAGCUCAUGUCGCUGAAAUGGCGUCAUGCCGGUCAGGCUUGUAUUACUGCCAAUCGGAUCUACGUCCAGUCUGGGGUUUAUGAUCGCUUUGCUGCGCUUCUGAAGGAGCGCACGUCUGCACUGGUUGUUGGCCAUGGUGCGGUGGCCGAUACCACGAUGGGACCUUUGACUACGCCUCGGAGUAUUGAGAAGGCCUCUGCGCAGGUUGAGGAUGCUCGUCGUCUCGGCGCUGAUGUUAUUUUGGGUGGUAACGCUAUGAAGUCGCAGCCAGGUUACUUCUUCGAGCCUACUAUCUUGUCUGGGAUGACGGAGGAGAUGCUCAUCUCGCAGGAAGAAUCAUUUGCGCCUAUUGCGGCGCUGUAUCGGUUUGAGACUGAGGAUCAAGCUGUCAAGGUGGCUAAUGAUACCAGCAUGGGUCUGGCCAGUUAUGCUUUCACUAAGAAUAUCGAUCGCAUGUGGCGUCUUUUGGAGAACUUGGAGGCGGGUAUGAUCGGAAUGAACACCGGCAACUCAUCGGCUGCCGAGUCGCCGUUCGGUGGUAUCAAGGAGUCUGGAUAUGGCAAGGAGAGUGGAAAGGACGUUGCUGUCAAUGAAUACUUGGUUACCAAAACGGGCACCAUGACUCUUGAGGGACAAUACUGA